AUGGACACUUCAAAACCCUCUCCAGAAUUUCCACUACCUAUGGAGCUCCUCAGGGAAAUCAUCAUACUCCUUCCACCUGCAGAUCGUCAAGUACUCUCUCUGACUUCUCGGCUCACACGAAGUCAGGUCGUACCCUUCAUAUUCGGGCAUUUGCGAUAUAGGGGUAAGAUAACACCCAAAAUACGCAACAUUCAUCGGGCGAGCAAGGAGGUGAAAGAUGUAAUAAAGAAGCUCGAGCUAUUUUCCAGGACUAUGUCUCUCGGAGAAGACGACGAUAGUACCGUAAUCUUCCAAUUCCUGGAAAGCCUGCCAAAUUUGCAGGUUCUCAAAUACCGCCAACACGAACAUCUUGUUCAACCCGCAGAUCUCUCUCGUCUUCGAUCUGCUUCUCUUCUCGAACUCGUCAUUGAUACUGGGAACUACACAACCGUUGAAGGACUCCCUACAGCAGGUCACGCAGGCCUUGAGAAUUUCUCCAUAAGCUGGUUUGUGAGCGAUAACCCUAAUGAGCCAGAAAGCUCGCUGGCUCACUUGUAUGAGCUCAUUCGGCCCUCCCUUGUGACGCUAGUGAAACUUAGGAUCGACAACCAGCCUGAAAAGUUUGGCGGCGACUUUGACUUGCAACUAUUGAAGCCAGCUGGGGAUACUUUGCGGACGUUCGAGUACACCCUUCAAAGCUCCAACGAGAGCGUACUCGACACUAUUCCAGAGAUUUUCCCUCAUCUCACGACGCUCAGCAUCCGGUGGGACAACCUGUUCACAGACCAUUCUGUUUUAUGGAAGGAUUCGCACGUCGAGGCCCUCGCAAAGAAUAACAACCUUACGGACCUCACACUAUCCUCAGACUUCGAAGAGAGUGCUGAUGAUACUCUGAUGUCCGAAGGAGACUAUGCUUGGUACGUCCGCUGCUACAAACGGCGCCUGAAAGCGACGCAGGACAUCGCCUUGGCAUGCCCACUGCUGCUGCGGUGCAGCUGGGUUCAAAUGGGCACGGAUACAGUAAAUUCUUCAAUGUUGCACCCAUUUGUGAUCGAAGAACAAACGUCAGGGGGUGAGGUGACGCGGGUUGUGCGAGGGAUGAAGCAGGAUUGGAUGGGUUCGGAUCAGGAGGAUUGGUUCACAGGGGGUAUUGUGAAGUGCAAGCUGGAAGACCUCCCAGGGGACAUUAUCGGUCAUAACGAUGAGUAA